AUGACGGGCUUCGACCACCUGAGCUUCCCCCACCUCGUCGACCUCAUCUUCGUCUACGCGCCGUUCAAGUCGUUGCUCGUCUUGAGGCAUGUCUGCCGCGAGUGGCGGACUAGGGUGGACGCUGAGUUCUACCACCUUCGCAACUUCUGGGCCGAAGUGAGGGCUGAAGACGUCGAAGAGGGGAAGAGAACAUACCGCUAUCGCUACCAGACAGCAAGCAGGAAGCGAUGUUCCGUGUCGAAGUUGGUUGGGUACGACAGCACUGAGAUCGUCGACCUCGGUCCCAAGGUGUACAAAUGGCCGCCGAUCAACAUCAGGAUCGACACGUUGAGAUUCCUCUACCCUCAUUGCAGCCCCCGGCGCAACGGGCCACCGACAGCCCUGGCACCCGCCCGCCUGGUGUUCGACCACCACUUCGACGCGGAGGCUCCAUACCAUGACGACAUUGCCAAGCUAGUUGUCAACUAUCGCAACGACAGAUUCCACAUCAUGGGCAACCAUGGUCCCCGCGUCAACGAGCUUGUGUUCAUUGUUCACGGCGGAAAGCCGCUCAUUACCGCUGCAUGGGCGCAUCAGGUCUACCUCAGGGCAAGAGAGCCCGCCAAGGUCACCUAUGUCGCUCCCCUUGAGCACCACGAAACGGUCAGGGGGCACCCUGAUUUUACACUCAUGACCGUGGAGGAAUACCGUGCGAAGGUCGGGGAGAAGGAGUUUGCGAUAGAGACCGACUUCGACUCCCGCCUGUAUCCAUAG